AUGAAAUUAAAAUAUUAUAAAAAAAAAAUUUUUAAAUGUGAAAAUAAUAUUAUGUAUAAAUGGGAGAAAUAUAACUUUAUUUAUAUAAAGGACUAUCAACCAGCACUUUGGUAUAUCUAUACUUUAAUACUGUUGAAAGCCUCCAUUAUUGUAAAUAAAUUUUUGAAGAGCGAUUGGAGACAAUGGCAACAACCAAGACGAACAAAGAUAAUGGCAGCAAGCGAGAUGACAAAAAUAUAA